ACUGUGAAAGCUGAAAGAAGAAGAUGCCUGCGUCGCAAACUGGAUUUGGAGAUUUCUUCCAUGGGAGAAACGUAAGCCUGCCACCUGGAUAUCAGAUAUCAGUCUUAGGAUGCCCACCGGGGGUACAGCCGCCUCCUCACGUGGCAGCUGUUGCUGGGGUCCCAUUAACCUACCCUGGACUGCAGGGCUACAAUUUCAUCCCUUUCCCUCACUCCAGACAUAUAGGACACCUGAACAAUUCUUAUGACGUCAAAGCUGCCUCUUCGUAUCAUCAAGCUCUGCUCGGCCGAAGCGGGUCCUUCUACUCCCCAUACCGCCCGGUGGCUGCUGAGGAUCCCAGUAGGGUGGGCAAGGUGGCGACCCGUGAGAGCACCAGUGCGUUGAAAGCCUGGCUGAACGAGCACCUGAAGAACCCCUAUCCUACCAAGGGCGAGAAGAUUAUGCUGGCAAUCGUAACAAAGAUGAGCCUGACUCAGGUGUCCACCUGGUUCGCUAACGCCAGGAGACGCCUGAAGAAGGAGAACAGGGUCAGCUGGGCGUCCAAAGGAAAGUCCGAUGAAGAAGAGGAAGAAGGAGAUGAGAGUGAAGGAGAAGGUUCCCUGCCUAAGGAGCAGAGCUCGGAUGGUGAGGAUGAAAUUGACCCACAGACCAUAGAUGAAAAGGGCGAGGUUGGGGGAGCGGGAUCCGAUGUGGCGUCCAGAUCGAUCGAUGGGAUUUUUAUACCGAAAAUCGAGGAGGGAGGCAAAGAGGUUCCCGAGACGAGAGAAAAUAAGGACUGUGAAACUUCAAAAUUGGAAUGUAAAGAAAGCGGUGACAUCCAUAAAGCUAAAAUCUGGUCUCUUGCCGAAACGGCAACUUCGGACAUUGGGAGAAAGUCGUGUGACGGCAGCAAAAGCCAGCAGCGGAGCUCGGACAGGUGGUGGGCAGAGUGGGCCUCUAGAAACGGGCAGUAUUUUCCCAUGUGUUACUCUGCGCAUCAUCUCCUGAAACACAGCAGCAACGACCUGAAGAGUUGAUGUGUCAAGGGAGAAAUCGCGCAGUUUCCUGUGCUAAAUUAUGCGGAUUUGGCGAUGUAAAGUUUUAUAUACGCGAAUCCCUUACGGUGUCUGGUUUUCAACCAAAGAUUCUGAACGACUACGUUCAGGUUCGUGUAAA